AUGGCUGAAGCAAAUAAAAACAAUGUUACGAUAAAAGUUGGGAUGAUCGGGGACAGUUCAAUUGGAAAAACCUCGUUAAUGGUCACAUACGUUCAAGGAUCGUUUGACGAAGAAAGUACUCAAACUUUAGGUGUUAAUUUUAUGGAGAAAACAAUCAGUAUUCGAAAUACAGAAAUUACCUUUUCAAUUUGGGAUUUGGGUGGUCAAAGAGAGUUUGUGAAUAUGCUUCCUAUGGUUUGCAAUGAUGCUGUUGCUAUUUUGUUUAUGUUCGAUUUGUCCAGAAAGUCGACCCUGAAUUCUAUUAAAGAAUGGUACCGUCAAGCCCGUGGUUUCAAUAAGACUGCUGUACCUAUCCUUAUAGGCACAAAAUACGAUCAUUUUAUGAAAUUUCCUCGGGAGGAUCAAGAAGAAAUAACAAAGCAGGCUCGUCGAUAUGCCAAAGCUAUGAAAGCAAGUUUAAUCUUCUGUUCGACAUCUCAUUCUAUCAAUGUUCAGAAAAUAUUUAAAAUCGUCCUUGCCAAAGUUUUUGACUUGAAAUGUACGAUUCCGGAAAUUAAGAAUAUUGGAGAUCCAAUUUUGGAAUACGUAGAGCAUUAA